GAACAAAUAUGGCUACCUUUCAAGCAGGAACUGCUGUUGCUCCAUCUUCGCAAGUGGAAAUUAGCGUUGCUUGCAAAAACUUAAGAGACAAAGAUGCCUUCUCGAAAUCAGAUCCCAUUGUUGUUGUUUUCACAAAAGAUGUCAGAACAAAUUCAUAUUAUGAGCUUGGAAGAAGUGAAAUGGUCAAGAAUUGUCUUAAUCCACAAUUUGUUAAGAAAUUCACCAUGAAUUACUUCUUUGAAGAAAGUCAAAAACUAAAAUUUGAAGUCUACGAUGUUGAUUCGCCAAGUCAAAGAUUAGAUGCACAUGACUUCCUUGGAAGACUCGAAUGCACGCUGGGAGAAAUUGUCAGUGCCCUUGGUGGGAAACUAGAAAAGCCGAUGACAGGUUUGAAAGGAACUCCAGGACUGAUUACAAUAAGAGCCGAAGAAAUCAGUACCUGCAAGGAAAGUGUAACGAUGCAUUUCUGUGCAACCCAUCUUGAUAAAAAAGAUUUCCUCGGAAAAUCCGACCCAUUCCUCAUAUUCUACAGAGCCAAUGAAGACAAAAGUUAUACAACAGUUCAUAAGACAGAGGUCAUCAAAAACACUCUCAACCCGACCUGGCGGCCAUUUAUGAUCACGGCGAGAGCGUUAUGUAAUGGAGAUUAUGACAGGGCUAUCAAAGUGGAAUGUUAUGACUGGGAUGGUGACGGAGGCAGUCAUGACCUUAUUGGCGAGUUUACCACCAACCUGAGGGAGAUGACUCGGGGAGGAACCUCUGGCAGUUUCCAGCCAUUCACCAGAGAGGUCAUCAAUCCAAAAAAGAAAGCAAAGAAGAAAAAUUAUAAAAAUUCAGGACAGGUAACACUGACGAGCUGUAAGAUAGAGAUUCAUCCAUCAUUCCUGGAUUAUGUUAAAGGAGGAACACAACUCAACUUCACAGUAGCUAUAGAUUUCACAGCAUCAAAUGGAAACCCUUCGUCUCCCACAUCACUUCACUACAACAGCCCCUACCAGCCUAACCAGUACGGGUCAGCCAUACAGGCAGUCGGCGAGAUUAUACAGGACUACGACAGUGAUAAGAUGUUUCCUGUGCUGGGAUUUGGAGCCAAGCUUCCAGACGGAUCAGUAUCCCACGAGUUUCCAGUAAACUUUAAUUCAGCUAAUCCAUAUUGCGCUGGAAUACAAGGUAUAAUGCAAGCAUACUACGGAGCUUUACAGAAAGUCCAGCUGUAUGGUCCGACGAACUUUGCCCCAGUCAUAAACCAUGUAACAAGAUUUGCUUCGUCUAUGAGAGAUGGAAACAAUUACUUUGUGCUGUUGAUUCUGACGGACGGUGUUAUCACAGAUUUACCUAAUACUAUAGAGGCUAUCGUACAUGCUUCUGGGCUUCCAUUGUCAAUCAUCAUUGUAGGAGUAGGGAAUGCUGAGUUUGAUGCUAUGGACGUACUAGAUGCAGAUGACAGGAGACUGUCAAGUCGUGGCAAACAGGCCGUCCGGGAUAUAGUUCAGUUUGUGCCGUUCCGUGACUUCAUGGGGGGUAAAUUUGGUAACAACAUGCAGAUAUCCCAGGCUGCACUAGCAAAGGAAGUCCUGGCAGAAAUACCAGAUCAGUUUCUCCAGUAUAUGAAAGCAAACAACAUCAAACCAAAAGAUCCUAAAGAUAAUGUCAAUUUGCCCGGCCAGGGGGCACCACCGAUGGCACCACCACCAGGGGGCGCUCCAAACAUGCCACCACCACCAGGUGGCGCUCCAAACAUGCCACCACCCCAACAAGGAAUGCCGAACCAGGGAUCAUCCCCUUACCCACAAGCACCUCCUCCAGGGUACCCCCAGGGAGGACAACAAAUACCUGCUCCAGGGUACCCCCAGGGAGGACCACAAAUACCCGCUCCAGGGUACCCCCAGGGAGGACCACAACGGCCUGCUGCCCCAUCUCGUCCCCCACCACCAGGGAGCGCUAGUGCACCGCCAUAUCCUAUGUAGUGAACAACUCUGCAUUGGACGGAUUGAACUUUUGUGAAAACCUCUGGGUUGACAGCAAUCUCAUACAGGGAUCUAGAGGUGAAACGGUCGUGAAUAUUUUCAUACGAUGAUAUUUAUUUUCCAACCUUUUGGACCAUAUAACUGAGUACAUGUACAGGUAUUGUGUAACUGUGUAAGUUUUUUUUUAAAAUUCUGGUUUGUGUAAACAACGCAAUUGCUUCUUUCUGUCUGAUCAUGGUAUAUUGUAAAUGGCGUCAUAACCUAAAGAUUAAAAAAGUAACAGUUGUGUGAAAAGGGGAAAGAAAAAAAGAGGGGAGAAUUAUAUUGUUAAGGAUUUUUUUCUUUUUCAUUAAUUAACAUUUUCCUAUGGAAAGGUUUUAUUAUGGGAUUUUCCUUGAUUUAAGGAAUGUUUGUAAAACAGGCACUGGAAUUCCUUAACUGCCUUCUAAGAUGAGGAAUGGGUAAUCAUGAACUUCCAGUAGUUUGUUCAAAAUGAAGUAAAAAAAAUUAGAAUUUUAUUUAAAACAUUUGCAAAACAGUUAUAUCAGCUUAAGUACAAUUAUUGUUUGUAUGAUGUAGAUCCUGUUUAAUAAGUAAAUUUAACGAUGAUAUACUGAUAUAUGAUAAUUAUGUAUUACAAUGUAGCGUCUCGACUCUUGAUCAUACUGUCCUAUGGCGGACUAUUGCUUGUUUUCUGUCGAUGUUUCUACUUCAGUAUUAAACUAUUAGUCUAAAAUGUUCUAUAAUUACUCCGACUUCACACUGUCACUACUGUCAUUUAAUAUUUUACUCGUAAAAUUUCUAUUUUUUUUUUUUUUUUUU